AUGAGGAAGGGCGUGUUGAUGCUUCUCUCGGCUCUCUUCCUCUCUCUCCUUCCUCCUGGACUCUCUGAUGUGGUGGACACGUUCAGUGAGAAAAACUGUCUGACCUUCUUUCUGAAUGGGAAAACUCCAAGUAUUCCAGGUAUUUUGGUUAAUGGGAAUGUCCAGGACCAGAAACGCUACAAGCCAAUCUGCCAGAAUUACACCAAAGUCUACAGGUUUGCAACUCUGUACGACACGGCCAACAAGAUCCCUGUGUUCUCAGCCUACAAGUUCACUGGUUUUGUAAAAGGGAGACCAAGUCAAGCCUGGAUGAUUGAACCUGAGCUGGAACAGCAGGCUUUGGACGCUGACUACAAUGUUGGAAACCGAAAUGACAUGCACAGAGGACACCUUUAUCCAUGUUCGCACGCUAAUUGUUAUACAGAACAGCGGGCCACUUUCACCCUGACCAACGCUGUCCCCCAAGUGAGCUCAUUCAACAUAGGCAGCUGGAAGAAGGUGGAAGGCAGUAUCAGGUUAGAAAUGAAGAAGUCCUGUCUUCAGAAGAGAAAACAAAUAGAAGCCUAUGUGGUGACCGGAGCGAUUCCUGGGAAGAAAAUAAUGAACAAUGAAGUGAACAUCCCGUCUGUCAUGUGGACCGCCUACUGCUGUUACAACAGUGAAACAAAGAAUUGGAUCUCCAAAGCACACUGGGGUCUGAACAAGCCGGAAAGGAAGGGGAUAAAACAGACAGGGAAAACUUUGGAAGAGCUAGAAAACAUGUUGAACCGAUCCUAUGGUGACGGCGUCAAGGUUUUCCCAGAUUGUCCGCGGACCGUGAUGGCCAGGAAACGGAAUUGGAGUGAGACAAAUGAAAUAGAGGAUUUCUAUUAG